AACGAAAUACUGAUGUCUUGAUGGAUAAGAAAGAAAAUGAGAUAUUUUCAAUCCGAUCUCAACUAAAAUAUUAAUAACUAAUCCAAGAUCAUCUUCUUCUUUCUUGAAUAAUAACAAAUAGUACUAAUAAUAAUACAGUAAUAGUAAUUAGUGAUUGACAAGAAGAAUGGUGCUAUGGGAAAUCGCAUUGGGCACAGCUUAUUUUUUAGGGUUAAAAAGAACAUACAAGCUUUCUCUUCAAAUUCAACGUCGUCUUAUCAGCCCUAAAUAUCCCCACAUCCGUCAAUUCUUUCAUCGGAGAACCCGGGCUGUAUUUGAUGCAACACUUAAGGUUCAUCGUGAGAUACAAAAAAGAGAUCUUGAACUUGGUCGAAAUUUAGGAAACUGGAUUCUUAGGUGGCUUGACAAGGCAAAACCAGCAGCUCAGAUUCGACCAGGGGGUCCUACACAAUAUGCUAGCAGUAGUAACACCGUUAGUAUACCAAGGAAGCGGUUGACUGAGGCCUGGCGUCAGAAAACUACUAAUGCUGGUUUCCGGUACCUGGAAUCUAGAAGGCGUUUAGUCAACUCGUCAAGGAACCUUUGGCUUACUACAUAUCCAACUGUUGCAAAGCUUUUGAGACGUCGAGAGCCUGUGAUGAGUAAUAAUAUACAAUUCAGGCAAUUGGUGUCCAGCAACAACAAAGGUAAACUGGGAUUUGGGUUUAAUGGAGUGAUUCGCAAUGAUAUCCUGCAAUGGUUGAGUCAUGGGUAAUGUAUGUUGCCGCUGGUUUCAGUUUGGCGUAAUUGUAACUUUUUCAGGAGUAAACCAAAGUAGAUAUCAACAAUGAUGUCUUGAAUCAGAAGUAUUUAUGUGAUUUCAGGCCUUCUAGACAAAUGAUCAGUUUUGAAUCUUGUAAGCACAUCGUAUUUCAGGUAACUAUUAACUGACACUGACAUUUAGAGAUUGUUGUUAUUAUCAGUUUCAAGUGUUUUUGGUGAAUAUUGUGCUGAAACUGAGUCUUGUUGCAAUUUUGAUGAUGUUUUUAAUUAUAACAAUGCUGAAGUUAUGUUCAAGUGUAUUUUGUA